CCGCAUACACGCAGUCUGCUUUUCAGCCAAAGCCGCCAACCCAACGCUUCAGAUUCAGCUUCCAAAGCAGCUUGAUUUCAAGGAAUCGCGUCCUUUUAAUCGCAACGUGUGACACAGGCUCCACGAAAACCGUUUUCCCAGCAACGCGCGCACUUUUUCCCCAAAACGCGAACGAAAAGUCGGUCGGUCGGACGGACGGACCCUUUGUGUGCUUCCGCUUUAUCGCUUCUAUUUUGCAUAUUUUUGUUUGCUUAACCAUUCCGUUUCGGUGUCAAAAAGCGAACCCCAAUCCGGGCAAUAAGAGCCAGCGAGCCGAAAAGGAGAGCUUAACUGGAAAUUGUACAACACAAAAGUGAAUUACAAAUCAAUUGAGAAGGCAGCAGCCCUCCGCGGCAGCGAGACAUAGAAGCCGAUUGAAGUGAGCUCCUAAGGGAAGGGAAAAACAACAACAGAGCCCGCAUGAGUAACAGCGCCAUGGUGGCCGUGGCCAUUUGCUGCAUCCUCGUCCUGCUGGCCGUCUUCAUUGUGAUCAUCAUAGUCGUGGGCCAGACGAUCGAGGAGCCCAAGUGAGACAUGCUCCAGCUGGGACCUGGCAACUUCCCAGAUGGAUAACAGAGGCCCCCCAACUGUUAGUUUGCCGGGGCCGCCAGCAAAAAUCAGCGCCACCUUAUCAUCAUCGACGACAUCAUCAACAUAUUUCGCCCCAGAGAAAAUUAGCCCAGGAAACCCAGCAGCACGCAGGAGGAGGAGGAGAGGAGGAGCAGGAGGAGCGGAGAAAAUGCGUCCCAUCGUCAGUAUCCAUUGGCUGUGAUGUGAAAUUUUUAGAAUUUGUGAAGCAAAAACCAAUCGAGAAAUCAACCCAAGAGCACAUAAUUUCGGAACAUUCCGCCUCCCGAU